GCUCGACUUCCAAUUCUCUCUCACCGCUUGCCGACCGGAACGUCAUCGCUGCACUUGCCCGUAGCGACCACCGUUCCUCACCGUGACAAUGGGCGCGAAAGUCCCGCGCAACUUUCGCUUGCUGGAGGAGUUGGAGAAGGGCGAGAAAGGAGUGGGCGCUGAGGCCUGCUCAUACGGUCUGGACGAAGGCGAUGACCUCCUCAUGACGAACUGGAACGGCACCAUCCUCGGACCACCUCACAGCGUACACGAGAACCGCAUAUACUCCCUCAAGAUCGUCUGCGGACCACAAUACCCCGACUCGCCGCCAGAAGUGACCUUCAUCAGCAAGGUCAAUCUGCCAUGCGUGGAUCAGAGGCAAGGAAAGGUCGACUUGUCCAAGCUCCCGAGCAUCAGCGUGUGGAAGCGCGACUUCACAAUGGAAACCAUCCUCAUCGAGAUUCGACGCUACAUGGCUGCGCCUGCGAACAAGAAGCUACCGCAGCCUCCAGAGGGCACGAACUUCUGAUCAGGAUAUGGGAGAUAGGGAAGAGCAAGCGCCGUUAUAGGAAUGGGAGAGAACGCCCAGCUGGGUUCCUCUCCAACGCAGCUACAGGAUACGAACAAGCAUAGCCUAGGCGUUGUGAGAUUUGAGGCAAUAGGCUACGAGCUCCAUCACGAAGCAAUGAAGCCACGAACAAGUCUCAGUAUGAACAGAUCUUCAUUC